UCCGCCCCCCCGCCGCCCUCUCCCGGAGAAACGCCGAGGCGCGAGCCGACGCAGCAACCGCAACCGCCACCAACACCAGCAGAGCCCUCCCCAAGGAAUGGAAGAUUUCAGCUUGGAAGAGAGCUCUGGGAUGAUGCUACAAAGAGUGGUCUUGUGUUAGGAUGCUCAGAGGAUCUGCUGGAUCCCUUGAAGACAGAGGUAUUCAGACCACCUUGUCCAUCACAAAGAUUAAAUCCUCAGAGCUAUAAGCGUUUGACCCAAAGAAAGAAGAUUAUUGCCGUUGGAGCCAAGAAGAACACUGCUAUCACAGCCUCAAUAAAGAAGUAGGGAGUAUAGGUUUUUUUUAAGUACAUGUUAGACUUGAUGGAUACUUCUCAGGAGCAAGAACAGGAUUUUGGUGUACUGCUGAAGCAGGGGGCAGAAGCGAGGGUAUUUGUUUCAACAUUUGUAGGACGAAAAUGUGUAAUCAAAGAGCGCUUUUCGAAGAAGUACCGCCACCCAUUGUUGGAUGCAAAGUUGACUCUAAAGCGCUUAAAUGCUGAAGCUCGGUGCAUGACAAAAGCAAGAAGGCUUGGUGUUCCUACCCCAGUUCUUUAUGCUGUGGAUCCACUUCUGCAUACUUUGACCUUUGAGUUUGUGGAUGGCUUGUCUGUCAAGGAUAUACUUCUUGGGUUUGGUUCAAAUGGGGUUAAUGAGGAACGCCUGAAUGAUAUUGCCACACAGAUAGGAAAUGCAGUCGGGAAACUACAUGAUGGAGGUCUUGUUCAUGGUGAUUUGACUACGUCAAACAUGAUAAUCAAGAGCAGCAACAAUCAACUGGUUCUUAUUGAUUUUGGUCUGAGCUUCACAUCAACAAUUCCUGAGGACAAAGCGGUGGACCUAUAUGUGCUAGAGAGAGCUUUGAUUUCCAUGCAUUCAUCCUGUGGGGAUGUGAUGGAGAAGAUCAUGACGGCGUACAGAAAGGCUUCGAAGCAGUGGUGCUCCACCCAGAACAAGCUGGCUCAAGUGAGGCAACGGGGCAGGAAGCGCACGAUGGUUGGAUAAAACCUGCGUCCUGGACAUUCUGAACUCGGAGUAUUCACACUCCUGCAUCAUCCCAUUUUGUUGCUGUGUUUUUAAGGGAUCGAGUGGCUUUGCCUGCUGUAACAUUUGUGCCUGGAAUCAAGUGUUGCGGUCCUUCAUUGUAUCAGAAGUAGCGUUGUUCUGGACUGGGCAUGGUUAUGUUUUAUUUGGAAGAGUCAUGGUUAGGCUGUAUUCUGCUUGUCUGUGUUGUUAUUAUGUAAGCGAGCUUGGGUGGGCUUUAUCUGAUUCUGAUCGGGCUGCUGGGCCUGGCAUGCUGAA